ACUCAGGCGCCUCCUCCUCCUCCUCUUCCCUCCUCAGCCCGCCAUCCCCUCCUCCUCCUUCCAUGGCUGCUGGGGCGCUGAGGCUGCUGCUGGGCCCGGGCCUGGGCUCCUGGAGGCUGCCCGCCGCCUCCGCCAGGCCCCUGGCUCCCUGCUCCGGACAGCCACAACGGGGCCACCGCCUCACGCCUUCGGAUGAUGAGCUCUACCAGAGGACAACAGUCCAGCGCCUGGAAAGAGAGUCUCAAGACAUCAUGUUUGUUGAAGGUUACACCAACCGCGGCUUCACCAUCAGCGGCAACAGAGUGGUGGGGCCCUGCGCUGUCCUGCCCCGAACCAUCCUCCAGUGGAACAUUGGGACAUAUAUGGACAUCACUGCAGAGAGCCUCGCCCUGUUCCGCCUGCUGGAACCCCGCAUAGAAAUCCUAGUGCUGGGAACAGGAGACAAGGUGCAGAGACUGGAUCCUGCCGUCUUGAAAUUAAUGCGCCAAUGUGGUAUUGCUGUGGAAGUGCAAGAUACGCCUAAUGCCUGUGCAACCUUCAAUUUCUUGACAAGUGAGCGGCGUGUGGCAGCAGCUGGACUUAUCCCACCUCCUGGUACUACAGGCGGCUGAGUGUCUGAAGGAAAGACAAAAGAUAUAGAGAGUCCCUGGCAGGUGAGAGAGAGACUGAAAAACAGAGAAACUCAUUUGCUAUUCCUGCCACAUUCUUCAGUGUUGUGUGUGGUGGCCUCGCUUGCAGCAUAGGCCGAAGAAGCAUGGAAAUUCACUGUAUGUUAUCACCAAAAUUGAAUGGAAAAGUGUAAUCCUAACAUUGGAGCCUUAGCUAACUCAGAAUGGAGGACAUUUUGAAUAUACCAUACUUGAAACAGCA